AUGAUAGAGCCUGGGGACAAAGAGUCCUCCUCUGAUGAUGAUGACAUGCAAACGAUCGCUGCUCUCUCGGCUCGGAAGCGCGCUCGUUCUGAUCCUCGAACUGACCUGUGGGCAGAAGAUGAACCAAUCGCUGACCGACUGGUAAGACACAAGCACACUAAGCACUUGUUAGAAAUUUCUUUUCAUUCUGUGCGACUCUGUAACAAUCCUCAUUUGCAGGUUCGCCACAGGUCUUCGAGACAUGCUGAAGAAGGAUCUUCAACUGUUGGUGAAGGCACAUCUGCUUCCCAAGCUCCAGCGCCAACUGUUGUGAACCACUCUCCAACUCCUGCGGGCGCUGUAGAUAACGCACAAUUGGCCUUGAUACCAGUGCAGAUCAUAGAUGACAGCUCGCCGGAGGCUGAAAAUAGAGUACUGCCACUGGACGCCCCUCACGAGGAACCAAGCGACGUUUCUGUCCUGGAACAGAUAGCGCCUGACUCGAUUCCUGUUCCCAGCGAAGCUAGCCCAGAGACAAUGCUCGCGAUCAUUGUGUAUGAGCCCCCAAUCGAAGAGGUUCCGAACGUCGUUGGAACUGGGGACGAUGUAAUCGGAGCAGCAGAAGAAGAAGCUGCUGAGCCUGUUCCUAACGUGGUUGAUCAGGAACUUCCUCCCCCUGCCCCCCAAGUCGCUGAAGCUGAAGAAUUGGAAGACCUUCCUGAACCAGCGCCGGAGGUACCUGAACCAGUGCCAGAAGUACCUAUCGCUGAACCUCCUGAGGUCCCUGUCGCUGAGCCUCCUACUCCUUCUACUUUGGAAAGGUUAGCUCGUGUUCUUGAAGUGACCCCCCCUGGGGUCGUAGAUGAAGUCAGAGAAAGCCUUCGCCGCCUCCUGGGCCCUGAUAUCUUGAUUCCUGGUGCGCCUGUGAGGGUCUUAGAAUACUUGAGGGUGCUCCUCCGCAAGGGAGCCAUCACUGAGGAACAAUUCCAGGAAAUCGAUCAACUGUUGCAGGAUCUUCCUCAAGGGCUCAACGAGCGGGCAGUCGCGAAUGCGCAAGCCAGGCAGACCGAAAUGCAUUAUCAGAACCUUAAUCAGCAAACGGAGACCGCGCGCGACGUCUUGGGUGACCAAGCUAACCUCAUCAGGGACCUGACGCUUGAGAGGAACCACUUGAGGUCCCAAAUUCAGGCCUUUCAAGCCCGGUUAACCGAUGUUACUGCUAUGCUCGUUCAUGCAGAGCCUCAGUUGGAACAACCCCUCGCUGCUCUCGAGACGCUAUCCCAAGAACUGGCUCAGGCACGCGUGGCAGCCCAACAAGCCGCACAAGCUGCUGCAGAUGCCAGUUUUCGUUUGGAUGAACUCUUCCUUCGCCUGACUCAUGCAGGCCGAAGACUUUUGGGCCCCUAG